UUGACCAGAAAAUACCCCAAUACUUGGACCACUAAUUAGCACAUUACAAGGAUAACGGAAUAAAUAUAAUAUUUAUACCAUACAUCAUUUACCAAACAGACUGUUUAGAACUUAUAGCCUAACGAUGAUGAAGACUCUGUUUGCUGUUUUGGUAUUAAUAAUACUUGUGCACGAUUCACUAACAAGUCCCGAACCGGACCCUCGUGGUGGAGGCAGGGGUGGAGGUUUCGGUGGCGGAAGAGGAGGGUUUGGUGGUCAUGGCUUCGGUGGCCGUGGAGGAUUUGGCAGAGGCGGAUUUGGACGAGGAAGUUUCGGUAGAGGUUUCGGACGAUUCGGAGGUGGUGGAUUUGUUGCUCCUUUCAGAGGCAGACGGUACAGGGGUUUCUCGGGUGUGGGACUAGGAGUUGGGGUUGGAGUCGGCCUGGGUAUUGGAGCUGCUGUUGCUUCUCCCUAUUACUACCCAUAUCCGUAUCCAUAUCCUUAUCCUUACUAUGACUAUUAUGGAUGAAUAAACACGAGCAUUGUUGUUUAAAAAUAAAUAAAACAAUUUAAAAAACUUAAAAA